CCACAACACCAGGCCAACACUGAAGUGUGCUCACUUCACCAAGUUCCCUUCUGCUCUCAGCAGCCCUGAAUUACACUGAAUUAUCAUCGCAGGUGACUUUCAUCCUGCACUCCACACAAUGUUCGACAAUUCACAGUAUCCUUAUAACUGCUUUAAUUAUGAUGGAGAUUAUCCGUCCUGUGGCACUGAGGAGGAGAAGAAAGUGUGCAGACCUGCUUACAGUUAUAUUGCUCUGAUAGCAAUGGCCAUACAGCAGAGUCCAGAGAACAAAGUCACCCUAUCGGGCAUCUAUGAGUUCAUCAUGAAAAGAUUCCCUUAUUACAGAUCCAACCAGAGAGCCUGGCAAAACUCCAUCCGUCAUAAUCUCUCCCUCAACAGCUGCUUCAUAAAGGUACCUCGCACUGAGGGCAAUGAGAAGGGGAAGGGAAAUUACUGGACUUUUGCCACAGGCUGCGAGUCCAUGCUGGACCUCUUCGAAAACGGUAACUUUCGACGCCGUCGUCGUCGGCGACGCAACUUAAGCCUGGGCUUCAGGGAGCCGUCUGAACCCUUCAGCCCCAUGGACCCUCAGCAGAACGCCACGGUGCAGUCCUUUCAUCCUGAUUCCUUUUGUCCAGAGAGUUCAAACCACAGAGCGGACCAGCGCAACCCUCCACUCAGCAAACCCGAGCCGGAGAUCAAAUUCAGCAUCGACUACAUUCUGUCCACGCCAGACCCCUCGCCAGGGUUUAGACCUCCACACGGCGGCUCUGCAGGAGCCGUGAUACAGCAUCUGGAGCCUCAGCAGCUCAACCUGCACUUCUGGACCCUGUAACCUACACAUUCUGAAAAACUCAGAAAAAUCAUGAAACCUCACUGAACUUCCAAAGGUGUGAUGCAAAUUAGUUGGGACAAUAAUGUGAUGAUUGUUGUGUCGAGUUCAUCUGAUGUUUGAGAUCAAAUCUUUAAACACAGUGUAGGUGCAAAUAAGAUGGCCUGGACUAGCACUCAUGGUACAGUGGAUUAAUAGUAAAAAAAAAAAAAAAAAAAAAAAAAGAAUCUUUAAGUUACCAAAUGCACAGAACCUUUUUUUUUUUUUUUUGCCUUGUUUAUUAGGCUUGUUAGCAGAAUUCUAUUUCCCCUCUAUACAAACAUUCCUGAGUAUUGGGAGUAAACUUGUAGGACUUUGAGGUUUCGAACCAAAAAAUAGACAUAAAGGAAGUUCUGCUUUGGUUCACUAACAUAUCUUUUAAGUUUAAAGAUAAUAAUGACCGUAUUCCCAAAGCUUUGUUAUUGUGCUGAUAUUGACACACAAUUGCCGUGUUACAUGGUCAGUUUCUUUCCUUAGUUUAUUUUAAAUCAUUUCCAGACCUAAGCUUAAGAAACUGGGUUGCAAAACACAGCGCAUGAUUUGGAUGGUUUUGCUCAGAGUGUUUAACCUGCCUUUGGAGUUUAAACGUUCAGUAUUGCACCCCCUCUUGGAGAAAGAGUUGAGGUGUUAUAUUGUUUGCACAUUUCAGCGUUUACAUUAUCUAUAAUUUCCCCUGACAAACACUGCUCUGUCAGACAUUUAUAGAUGGACAAUAUCUCUCUUGGAGACAAAAAAAAUAAAAACAAUUCGACAAGAGGGAUCUGUUCACUAAUUACAUACACUAAAUUUUGCUUCUUCUCAUAUUUUGUGCUCAGAGGACAGAUUUCAAUUUAAUAACUUAAUAAUCACUGUAAAAAUGUAACUGAUAAUCUGUGAUCAUUCAGUAGGUUAGAGGAAAGUGAAAGAACCUUUUUUGUGCAAUACCAGCAUAUACAGUAUGUGUGUACUACAGUAAUUAUGAUUGUAUUUUAUAUUGUAUAUAAUCUGUAUAACUGCUUUCUGGGGGAAAAAAAAUCAACACAUGACAGAGAAGACAAUUAAAACAAAUCUCUAAUCAGAUGGUAGAUCUAUGCUAAUUUGUAAACUAUACUAAUCUUAUGCAAAUAUUAAAAUAGCCCUGAGACAUCAAAUUUAUUGCCACCAUUUCUGUCACAAUAUAAAAAUUACACUUAAAAUUAAAGUACAAUAUACUUUAAAUGAAUAAGAUCUGCAUUAAGCAUAGCAUAGAAUUUGGCUUAAUGAAUAUAUCUUUCUUCAAUAAACAGCUGCUUACUGAAAAUUGUAAAACAAUAUCAAUUCUACCAGUUUAUUACAAUGAAAGUGUCAGAACGGUUCAUGUAAAAGAUUAAAAAUAUGUCAUUCUUUGUAUUUUAAAUUCUGUAUUUCCGUGACAUGGUAAUUAACAUGCUGCCAAACCAGUGCGGUCUAACCUUCUCCAAAUCCGACUAAUCUCUCUGACUGACCUUUUCCUUUGUGCUGAAACAGAGUCGCUCUCAAUUUGAUCCCGCCGCUCUAUUAGAAUACAUAUCAUUCAUAACAGUGCACGUUUAAAAUGGAAGCCUGUUAACAUUUAUUUUCCUUCUAAGGUGUAUCAAUCAUUGUGUUUGUACUGGAGAGGGGACAUUUUUCAAUUUAACCUUUAUAUUAUGGUGUGACUACAUCAGGAAGGUUUCGACACACUUACCAUGAGUGGCAUUUAAUAUAGUAUUACACUUGCAAGGUUAGCAGGAGAUGUGACCUUAUUCAAAUCCUGCUGCCACUACACCACCACUCCCAAUGCAAUUAUAAUUAAAUGCCUUAUGCCGGCUUGCAAAUCCCCUGAUCGAUCAUUGAUAUUAAUGUUAAUAUUGCACUGCCCCCCAGCCCCUGUCUAGCAGUAGAACUGUUAUGGAUCAGCAGGUUUCUAUUAACAGAGCUGUUGAUGUUGUGGGCUGUGGUGUGGAUAUAUUUGGGUAAAUUAACUUAGCAUAAAGUGCUCCAAGGCCUGGGCUUAAAAAAUAAUGGCAACAACAAAAAGACCAAAGCCAUAAGCCUCUAUGUACUCUUUCUUCAUGGUGUUAGCUUAAGAUUACUGUGUGUAUAAAUGCCAUGGGAUGAUUCAGAACAGAAUUAGUUACUAUUUAUUGAUAUUUGCUAAAAAUUUAAAUAUGGGUUGUUUUGCCUUUGUCUAUGCAAAUAAAAAUGUGUCUUUUAUAA